GAGAGGAGAAUGUGGCCACUUUCCGGGGCUCAGAGUACCUGUGCUAUGACCUGUCUCAGAAUCCGAUCCAGAGCAGCAGCGAUGAGAUCACCCUCUCCUUUAAGACCUGGCAGCGAAAUGGGCUCAUCCUGCACACGGGAAAAUCGGCUGACUAUGUCAACCUGGCUCUGAAGGAUGGUGCAGUCUCCUUGGUCAUUAAUCUGGGGUCCGGGGCCUUUGAGGCCAUUGUGGAGCCCGUGAAUGGCAAGUUCAACGACAACGCCUGGCAUGAUGUGAAAGUGACACGCAACCUCCGACAGGUGACAAUAUCUGUGGAUGGCAUUCUUACCACGACGGGAUAUACUCAGGAAGACUACACUAUGCUGGGCUCAGAUGACUUCUUCUACGUGGGAGGAAGCCCAAGUACUGCUGACCUACCAGGCUCACCUGUUAGCAACAACUUCAUGGGUUGCCUGAAAGAGGUUGUUUAUAAGAAUAAUGACAUCCGUCUGGAACUGUCUCGCCUGGCCCGGAUUGGGGACACCAAGAUGAAAAUCUAUGGCGAGGUUGUAUUCAAAUGUGAGAAUGUGGCUACGCUGGACCCCAUCAACUUUGAGACCCCAGAGGCUUAUAUCAGUUUGCCCAAGUGGAACACGAAGCGUAUGGGCUCUAUCUCCUUCGACUUCCGCACGACCGAGCCUAAUGGCCUGAUCCUCUUUACUCACGGCAAGCCCCAAGAGAGGAAGGAUGCUAGGAGCCAGAAGAACACAAAAGUGGAUUUCUUUGCUGUGGAACUUCUUGAUGGCAACCUGUAUUUGCUGCUUGACAUGGGCUCAGGCACCAUCAAAGUGAAGGCCACUCAAAAGAAAGCCAAUGAUGGGGAAUGGUACCAUGUGGACAUCCAACGAGAUGGCAGAUCAGGUACCAUAUCAGUGAACAGCAGGCGCACACCAUUCACGGCUAGUGGGGAGAGUGAAAUCCUGGACCUGGAGGGAGACAUGUACCUGGGUGGGCUCCCGGAAAACCGAGCUGGCCUUAUCCUCCCCACGGAGCUCUGGACCGCCAUGCUCAACUAUGGCUAUGUGGGCUGCAUUCGUGACUUGUUCAUCGAUGGGCGUAGCAAGAACAUCCGACAGCUGGCCGAGAUGCAGAAUGCGGCAGGAGUCAAAUCCUCCUGUUCCCGAAUGAGUGCCAAGCAGUGUGACAGCUACCCCUGCAAGAAUAAUGCUGUGUGCAAAGAUGGCUGGAACCGCUUCAUCUGCGACUGCACAGGCACCGGUUACUGGGGGAGAACUUGUGAAAGGGAGGCCUCGAUCUUGAGCUAUGAUGGCAGCAUGUACAUGAAGAUCAUCAUGCCCAUGGUCAUGCACACUGAGGCAGAAGAUGUGUCCUUCCGCUUUAUGUCCCAGCGGGCUUAUGGGCUGCUGGUAGCUACUACCUCCAGGGACUCUGCUGACACCCUGCGUCUGGAGCUGGAUGGUGGACGCGUCAAGCUCAUGGUUAACUUAGACUGUAUCAGGAUAAACUGUAACUCCAGCAAAGGACCUGAGACCCUGUAUGCGGGGCAGAAGCUUAAUGACAAUGAAUGGCACACCGUUCGGGUGGUGCGCAGAGGGAAGAACCUUAAGUUAACGGUGGAUGAUGAUGUCGCCGAGGGUACAAUGGUGGGUGACCAUACUCGCUUGGAGUUCCAUAAUAUUGAAACCGGUAUCAUGACUGAGAAGCGUUACAUCUCCGUUGUCCCCUCCAGUUUCAUUGGCCAUCUGCAGAGCCUUAUGUUUAAUGGUCUGCUGUACAUUGACCUGUGCAAAAAUGGCGACAUUGAUUACUGUGAGCUGAAGGCUCGUUUUGGACUGAGGACUAUCAUUGCUGACCCUGUCACCUUCAAGACCAAGAGCAGUUACCUAAGCCUGGCCACUCUCCAGGCCUACACCUCCAUGCACCUCUUCUUCCAGUUCAAGACCACCUCAGCAGAUGGCUUCAUUCUCUUCAACAGUGGUGAUGGCAAUGACUUCAUUGCAGUUGAGCUAGUAAAGGGGUACAUACACUAUGUAUUUGACCUUGGAAAUGGUCCCAAUGUGAUCAAAGGCAACAGUGACCACCCCCUGAAUGACAACCAAUGGCACAAUGUCGUCAUCACUCGGGACAACAGUAACACCCACAGUUUGAAAGUGGACACCAAGGUGGUCACUCAGGUUAUCAAUGGUGCAAAAAAUCUGGAUUUGAAAGGUGAUCUCUACAUGGCUGGUUUGGCUCAAGGCAUGUACAGCAAUCUUCCAAAGCUCGUGGCCUCCCGGGAUGGCUUUCAGGGUUGUCUGGCAUCAGUGGACUUAAACGGACGUCUGCCAGAUCUCAUCAAUGAUGCCCUCCACCGGAGUGGACAGAUAGAGCGUGGUUGUGAAGGACCAAGUACCACCUGCCAGGAAGAUUCCUGUGCCAACCAGGGCGUCUGCAUGCAGCAAUGGGAAGGCUUCACUUGUGACUGUUCCAUGACAUCGUAUUCGGGGAACCAGUGUAAUGACCCUGGCGCUACGUACAUCUUUGGGAAAAGCGGAGGCCUCAUCCUCUACACCUGGCCAGCCAAUGACCGGCCCAGCACACGUUCAGAUCGUCUCGCCGUGGGCUUCAGCACAACCGUGAAGGAUGGCAUCUUGGUGCGCAUCGACAGUGCCCCAGGCCUCGGUGAUUUUCUCCAGCUUCACAUAGAACAAGGGAAAAUCGGAGUGGUCUUCAAUAUUGGCACAGUUGACAUAUCCAUCAAAGAGGAAAGAACCCCAGUCAAUGAUGGUAAAUACCAUGUGGUACGGUUCACCAGGAAUGGCGGCAAUGCUACACUGCAAGUGGACAACUGGCCAGUGAAUGAGCAUUAUCCCACAGGCCGGCAGUUAACCAUCUUCAACACCCAGGCGCAAAUAGCCAUUGGUGGAAAGGACAAAGGACGUCCCUUCCAAGGCCAGCUCUCUGGGCUCUAUUAUGAUGGUUUGAAAGUACUGAACAUGGCGGCUGAGAACAACCCCAAUAUCAAAAUCAAUGGAAGUGUCCGGCUGGUAGGAGAGGUCCCGUCAAUCUUGGGAACAACACAGACAACCUCCAUGCCACCAGAAAUGUCUACCACUGUCAUGGAAACUACCACUACAAUGGCUACGACUACAACCCGCAAGAAUCGCUCCACAGCCAGCAUUCAGCCAACGUCAGAUGACCUUGUUUCAUCUGCUGAAUGUUCUAGCGAUGAUGAAGACCUUGUGGAAUGUGAGCCGAGUACAGCAAACCCCACGGAGCCGGGAAUCAGACGGGUCCCGGGGGCCUCAGAGGUGAUCCGGGAGUCGAGCAGUACAACAGGGAUGGUCGUCGGCAUUGUGGCUGCUGCCGCCCUCUGCAUCUUGAUCCUCCUGUAUGCCAUGUACAAGUACAGGAACAGGGACGAGGGGUCCUAUCAAGUGGACGAGACGCGGAACUACAUCAGCAACUCGGCCCAGAGCAAUGGCACGCUUCUCAAGGAGAAACAACAGAGCUCGAAGAGUGGCCACAAGAAACAGAAAAACAAGGACAAAGAGUAUUAUGUGUAAAGAUUAUAAUACUACUAAUAAAUGAAUUAAAAAAACAGAAUUAUUUAUAUAUAAGUAUAUAAAUACUUUGAAAAUGAGAUUUGGCAGAUGUCAAAGUUGUUGUAACUAUGAGAUGACAUAUACCAUAACUAUGGUGGGGAAAAAAACCAACAACAAACAUUUUUACAAGGACACACACAAUGAUCUCUAAAAUUCAGCCAUGGUUGCUAUGUUUCAGUCAUCAUUCGGAGACAGAAAGUUCUUUCUGCCCUGCUGUAUCAUAAAGCACACACUUAGUUCUCUGGAUGGAGCAAGCACAUGGCUCCACCACUUUAGCGGACUUGGGAGCUUCCGUCUCUUGAGGACCUUUCGACAAAAGGUAGAAGACUUUACAGCUUACUUGUUCCGUAACUCCAAGUGAGUCUGUAAUCAUGUUGUGAAGCUUGACUGUAACAAUGCUUUUUGUUUGUUUGUUUUUUAAUUUCGGUUAAUUAUGUAAAAAAAAAAAAAAAACUAAACAA